AUGGUAUUCAACUCGUUGACCGAGCCCCCCCGCGAUUUCAGGGAGGGUAUUGACUGGUUGAUCGCUCUGAAGGGUACAGAUGCUGAAAGCAAUUUGAAGGCUGUUAGUGAUGCAGUUUAUAACUUUCUCGCAGACAAGCCUGUUGACCCUAGCCAGUUACAAGCUUUCCAAAAGGUUAAACAAAACACUAAAGCGUUUUUAGAGCGAGAUGUGCUUAAAGACCAGUCCCGCAUCAAACUGAUGCUGACGAGGUUCAAUAGGCCUAAGGAUGAAAAGUACAAUAUCUUUGCAAAGGUUACUAAUAAUGAAGAACGAAUCGAUGAUGAGAAACUCAGAAAGGUCUGGGGUAUCACUGCUGAUAAUAUAACAGAGAAAAUAACUACAUCUGUGGAGGGUUGUGAAAAGUUCCUGGAAGACAUCAAAAUCCCUGACCAGUAUGUUUCUGCCUACAGUUCAGAAGCUACGUGGGAGAAAUCAUGUUCAACAAAACCGGAAGCAUGUGCAGCAGUCUUCGUGGGAAUCACGCCGAUGCUAUAUACAGGGUUAAUGUCUUUGUGGGAUGCGACUGAUGCUGAUAAUUUUAGGUUGUUUCCAUCUAAGGCGAAGAAGAACUUGGGAGAUUUAUUGAACGCUUUGCGUUAUGUAAAGCCAGAAUGCCGCGAUAAACUGGAUCGUCCAGAUAUCGUCAAUGCGUUGAGCGGUGUUGGUAUAGAAGAGUUGGACACGCUCAUGGAAUUCUCUGAAUUCUGGAUAUUCCAUGGAUCGGACAAUGACGGUGCUGCAGGUCUAGAAGCUGCAAAACCCGCAGGCGUUGAAGAAGUUAUAGAACCCGUAAACGCUGCAGAACCUGUAAAUGCCUUAAAAGCUGAGAAACCUGGGAAGCCAGAAAAAUCGGGUAAAUCUGGAAAGUCUGGCAAGUCUGGAAGAUCCGGAAGAUUAGGGAAGUCCGGAAAAUCUGGAAAGUCUGGAAAAUCGAAAAAAUCUGGCAAAGCUUAA